AAAAAAGCCAUCGCAGCAGUAUGUAGAGACUGGAGGAAGCACAGCUACACGCUCCUCUUUCGCCAUAUUGUCAUUCGACGCGUUAGGCAACUCGAACUCCUUUUGGAUGUUCUUGAUCAGAGUCGUUCCAAAUCUGCGUCGAGAUUCGCGGCUUGCGGUCUGGGAUGGUGGGUAACGCACAUCAAGUUCCACUCGUUCCAGGGCGUACUCGAGUCACACAUCAGACGACUUGUCACCUGUUGUCCUCGUCUCCAAGUGUUCAUUGAUGCGGCCCCAUACGGUUUUCGUGAAGUAGCUAAUGGUUACAUUUUCCGAUCUCUCCAGCCCAACUCCUCCAUCAAGUCAUUGGAAUGGGUUUUUGGGGGACCGGACAUACAGCUUCUUCAAGAGUUCCCAACCAUUAUGAAUAAUUUACUCUCUAUUCGCUGUAUGACUUUCCAAUUUGCUGCUGAUUCUUCCCUUCACACUUCCCUCACCUUCUCUUGUCUGAAAAAUCUCGAACUUUUCCUUUCACCCGAAACCUUCCCUUCCCUCACGCAUCUCACCCUCCGAACUCCCACGGGUAGAACUAGUGUCUCCGCAGAAGGCAUCCGAGCUCUUAUUUCGUUUCUUGAAAAGUUUGGAGCGCAGCUUAAGGUCCUUACAUUGCGCAUCUGCCCUGGCGAUGAUAUGUCAUGGGACGACUUUGCGGAGAACGCUCAGCUCGACGACCUUGAGGAACCGACUUCGGAUAGGAUAAGCAUCCCUCGGAUUCUUGCGUUGUGUCCUAAUGUGGAUGACAUAAUCUUUUCGUCACGUUGGCUCGGUGUCCAUCGGGACGGGCGAUUUUCACCCUCUUCGUACAGCCACCAACCUACAGGUCGUCGUUAUUCAGGCUGGAGACACCCUAAUGUCAAGCGAAUUGGGCACUAUUAUCCAUGGGAGAGUCCGCAUUCGCGUGGUAGAGCACUCCGUGAUGGGAUUGACGAAUCUAUGCCAAUGUUACCCAACAUGACGCGCCGACAGUGCAUAAUCGACCACGAGCUUAGCAUCCUCAUCGGAUCGAUCCCCCCUGUCCGCGACGCGUACCCCUCUAAGGAACCGCGACGAUCUUUCCCGGGUCUACAAUCUAUCCACUUACUCGACGCGGAUCCUACCGAGAUGUUUGACUCCGACGCACCCUUCGACGAUCUCCCCUUUUCCCGUGGAUCUUCUCCUCCCACACGCUCGCGAUCGCCUGGUCCACUCUCGUUGUAUUCUCGUGUGAGGGAUGUGCCUGUAACGCUUGACGAACGUACAUUCUGGCGGGCAUGGAGCGCUCGGUGUUCUAACAAAAAUGUCAAACUGGUGGAUGGUGAUGGGAAGAUUGUGUCGAGAUACAAGGCGAAUGGGGAUGUAAUGGGUGGUGGUGGUGGUGGACACUACUACAACGGCAACUAUCCUGCUGGAGGGGGAGAGGCAGAUGAUGAUUUUUCUGUCAGUGGAAGAGUGGGGAGGGCUUUGAUGAGAACACUUUCGGGUGGAAGAGAUUCUGAUGAUGGUCGGAGGGUAGAUGGUAUUUUGGACUGGAUUAGGAACUUUAGCUGAUGGUGGUGUUGAAUUGAACCUUGCCUCUUUUUCUUUCUUUCUUGUGCACGCUGGUUAUCCUUCGC